UCAUUGUGCUGCACUGCACUCGUGCAUGCGUUUGAGCAUUCUGGCACCAGCUCCAGAAAGGUCCGCUUUGUGCCCAGUCUCUAUUUAAGACAAAUGAGAGAAAUGGGCUGACUCUUUGGGGGUAGGGUCAUAACUUUGCAAGCAGAGGAGCAGCAUGCACCGUCAGAGCAUGUGGAUCGUGGGUCCCAUGGUGGUGAGCUUGUGCACCAGCCUCGCUCUGGCCCAAUUCCCCCGAGAGUGCGUCACUCCUGAGGGGCUGCGGAGCGGCCAGUGCUGUCCAUCCCCUGCAGGCGUGGCGGCGGAUGAGUGUGGCUCCAGCACAGGAAGAGGGCAGUGUGUGACAAUCGCGACCGACAGCCGCCGCCACGGGCCACAGUACCCGUACGCGGGGCGCGAUGACAGAGAGAGGUGGCCUCUGAGGUUCUUCAACCGCACCUGCCAGUGUAACGGCAACUUCAGCGGCUACAACUGUGGACGGUGUAAGCACGGUUUGACUGGGCCGAACUGUGAUCAGAGGAUCUCCGUAGUGAGGAGGAACAUCAAGCAGAUGAACACAGCUGAGAAGCAGGCUUUUAUAAAUGCCUUAGACCAAGCAAAGAGGACAGUCCACCCUAACCUUGUCAUCUGUACAAGAAGGUACCAGGAGGUGUUUGGACCUGAUGGAAACACCCCACAGUUUGAGAACAUCACCAUUUACAACUACUUUGUUUGGAGCCACUACUACUCUGUCAGUAAGACAUACCUCGGACCAGGCCAGGCCAGCUUUGGAGGUGUGGACUUCUCGCAUGAAGGUCCAGGCUUUGUCACCUGGCAUCGAUUUCAUCUGCUGCAACUGGAGAGAGACAUGCAGGACAUGCUCAGUGACCCAACCUUCGCCCUGCCCUACUGGAACUUCGCCACCGGCGGCAGCGAGUGCGACAUCUGCACCGAUGACCUGCUGGGGGCGAGGAGCACCUUCGACGCGAACUCCAUCAGCCCCAACUCCGCGUUCUCUGAGUGGAGGGUCAUCUGCGAGAGCGUGGAGGACUACGACGCGCUGGGCACCGUCUGCAACAGUACCGAGAGCAGUCCAAUCAGGAGGAACCCGGCGGGUAACGUGGCACGGCCCAUGGUGCAGAGGUUACCGGAGCCCCAGGACGUGCUGGACUGUCUGGAGCUGAAGACUUUCGACACUCCGCCUUACUACUCCACCUCCUCGGAGAGCUUCAGGAACAGCAUCGAAGGCUACAGUGCCCCGCAGGGGAUGUAUGACCCCGUCAUCCGCAGCCUCCACAAUCUAGCUCACCUCUUUCUCAACGGGACGGGCGGACAGACUCACCUGUCUCCGAAUGAUCCCAUCUUCGUCUUGCUGCACACCUUCACUGAUGCGAUCUUCGACGAGUGGCUUCGCAGGCACCAACCAGGUGAAAUAGUUUACCCUGAUGAAGACGCCCCCAUUGGACACAACCGCAGGUUCAACAUGGUUCCUUUUUGGCCUCCUGUCACCAACGCCGAGAUGUUUGUCCCUGCCACCGAAAACCUGGGAUACUCAUAUGAAGUCCAGUGGCCAGCUCGCCCCCUCACCCUGUCUGAGAUCAUCACCGUGGCCAUCGUUGCGGCGGUGGUGGCCGUAGCCGCCGUGGGCGCUGUCGUCGCCUGUGCCGUGCGAGCUCGUUCCCACAGCUCAGCCGAGGCCUUGGAGCCGCUGAUGGCAGAGACCUACAGGCGUUACUCGGAGGGAGACAGGAGGCUGGACAAAUCGCAGUCUGUUGUCUGAGUCCACAUCUGCCUUAAGAGGGACUGCCGUUGUCCUCUGCAAUUUUUUUUAAUUUUAUUUACCAACAUCCUCUAAUAAAGCUUCGGUGGUUUUAAAUCGA